GCGAUUGUAUCUUGGUUUCUUCCACCAUAUAAACACGUUAUGGUCGAUAUCACUAGAUCCUCUACAUGUUGCUUUCGAAUUCCGCUUCGGAAUAAAACGAAUCAAAUCGCUGGUCUAGGAACAGUUUCUUACAGCAACAUUUAAACCUUAACAAGUAAAAUUUGAUUAAAUGACACCAGAUCCGCGGUUGUGGCAGCUUCUGUGCUGCUUGCUGCUUUCAAGCAUCGAGAACAGUGACAGUCAAGGAUGUGUACACAAGAGUUCAUACUGGAUUAUGCUAUACAUGAAAUAUGGAAUUUGAAUCAGCUGAAGACAAAAGCACUGGAAUUACCUCAAGUGACGUUAGUCUCCAGGAGCCACAAAUAAAGAAGAAUGCAAGAUCUUCUGCAUCAUUUCCAUUCAUCAAGCCUUAUCUGAGUGCUAAGUCACAGCAGAAUUUUGUUAAAAUAAUCAGAAGGGUCUGUUACCAGCAGUUUAGAAUAACAGCCACCAAAAGUAUUCAGCAGGAAGAUGACAUAUCUCUUGAUAAGUCAAAGCACAUCAUCAGAGAACUGGCUACUGAACUGGACAGAGUGGUACAGUCCAAGAUGUCUUUGGUGACACGAAAGAUUAAAAUGAAAGGAACCGAGGAAGAACAGGAAUAUUAUAUUUUGCAGUGGGCUGAAGAUGUGGAGAACAUACAGACAAAACAAAUGGACAAGCAAGAGAAACCGCUGCCCUCUGAGCCAUUGUCAAACAGUGAAAUGAAAUUUAAAAAAGCAAAGAAAAUCUUGUCUGAAUGGUCUUGGAAACUGAGAGAAAUGAAACAGAACUCAGUAUGUCCGAAAGGUGAAUGUGAAGAAACACUGAGGAGUCUUCACAAACAGUGGAAGCAGGGAGAGUCCAGCAUACUUCCAGUAAUGGACUGGAUGGUAUGGACUGUACUACGGUUAGAAAACUCUGAGGAUUCAGUUCCUAGACAGUGGGUGAGGAGUAAACAGAGAUCCAAAAACACAGUUGGAUUACGCAUUUCUAACAAAGUUUGGAAUUGGAUUACAAAAUCAACAGCUGAUGUAAUUCUGGAUCCAAACACAGCCAACCCAGAUCUCCUAGUCUCUGAAGAUGGAAAAAAAUUGAGAGCAAAAGAAUAUACAGGUCUUGAUUACUGGCAUGGGUAUCAGUGGAAGCAAACUAAAUUUAAUGGUUGGACGUGUGUUCAAGCUAAAGAGGGUUAUGGCACAGGUCGUCACUACUGGGAGGUAGAUGUGAGGAAGAAAUGUGAGUGGCGGGUGGGAGUUGUGAAGGAAUCAGCCCCUCGAAAUGGCUAUAUCACAAUGAACACAAAAACAGGGUACUGGAAUCUGCGCCUGCAGCUGGGAACUUUGAUGGCUUUGACUGAACCGGUCACUAAACUGGACCUGCCAACACCCUCUAAAAUAGGAGUGUAUCUGGACAUAGAAGAGGGCCACAUCUCUUUCUAUGAUGCAGAGAAAGGAAGACAUAUCUACACCUUUAACGUUGAUUUUAAAGAGACUGGAAUUAUUUACCCAGUAUUUGGCACUGUUGAGACAGACAGAGCGUUGGUGAUUUCAUUGUAAAAUAUGUGGUAAAGCACAUUUCACUUACUUCUACUUACUACUGUAGAAUAAUCCUAAACAUUUUACAUGAAGUAUUUUGCUUACUUUAGUGAGUUUUAGUGAGAAGUCCAAAUGUUACAAUAGGAGUUAUAUAUAUAAAUCUUAAGACUGUCUAGUGACUCCUUUGUUAACAAUCUUCAAAAUAACAUUUUGUAAUAUAAAUAUAUUUCCUAAUGUAAAAAAAAAAAAAAUUACAUGUAAUUUGAGAACUGUGUAACAAAGUACUUGUUAAUGGCAUUCAAAUAGUGCCAUCAUCUCCUGAUAUACAAACUCACUGAAGUGUAUAUUAAACUUAAGCCAUUCUUCAAAUGCAGUUCUUUCCAAAUUUUAAACACAAGCAUUCUGUCGCAUUAUUGUUCUGUUUGUUCACUAAAGCAGUUACAACUUAAUUUUUGUUUAUUCACUUAGUGUUUUACAACAUAAUGAGUCAAUUCACAGUACAGGUCAGCUGUCUACAAUCACAAUUAUUGCUUGUUUCUCAAUGAAGACCUUCUCUUCUGACUUCUGAAUAGCAUAUGUGAGUAAAGCUAUUAAGUUUCAGAUGCUAUAGUGCUUUGCAUUACCUUGAGAUAAGAUUAACAUGAAGAGAAUUAAA